CCUAUUUCAGAAAGAAGUUCUUUAUGGUCACUUGGCCCGAAUAAUCCCAUAAAUCCUGACUAUGCCAGAAUUGAACAGCUUUUCUGCUUCUCCUUAUCACAAAUGAAAGAGAAAGACCAAACCCUCUUCAAAAAGGAGCCAAAGGAGGUUACAUUUCUAGACUCAAAGAAAAGCCUUACUUUGAACAUAUUUUUAAAACAGUUCAAAUGCUCUAAUGAAGAACUAGCAGAAAUGGUCCAAAAGGGUAGCAAAUCUAGAUUUGAUGUGGAAGUUUUGCAACAAUUAAAGAAACUGCUGCCAGAUGAACAUGAAAGGGAAAAUAUAAUAACUUACAAAGAAGAAAAAGAAAAAUUAGCGAAUGGAGAUCAUUUCUACCUUUGCCUUCUCAAUGUGCCUUGCUAUGAGUUACGGAUUGACUGUUUAUUGUCACGUGAAGACAUAGCGGUUUUACAAAAUGUUCACCGACCAAACGCAAAACUGAUUAAAAAAGCAUGUGAAAAUCUUCUAUCUUCUUCAAGACUGCCCCAGUUCUGUCAUCUAAUACUUAAAAUUGGAAACUUUCUCAACUAUGGUAGUGCCAUAGGAAAUGCAAAUGGAUUCAAAAUAAAUAGUUUGGUUAAACUCAAAGAGACAAGAACAAAUGAGCCACAAGUCACACUGCUACAUUAUGCUGCGCAGGAAAUUGAAAAAUCUUAUUCAGAUCUUCUAAAUCUUCCUGAUGACCUCCAAUCAAUAUCUGAAGCAGCAAGUAUUAAAAUUGACUCAAUCCAGUCUGAAGUAAGCAGCCUUUCACACAACUUAAAGAAGAUCAGUGAUGACAUUGAGUCAUCCAUAGAUGACAUAAAAUUACAAUUCAGAAAUCCAAUUCAGCAAGGUCUCACUGCAUCUGAAGAGCUCGAGGAUCUUCUGAAAUCUAUAGAGUGCAAAAGAAAGGAGUUGGCUCAAUAUUUCUGUGAAAAUGAAAACAAGUUUUCAUUGGAUGAAUUGUUUGUCACAAUCAAAACAUUCAGAGAACUGUUCUUGCAAGUGAUAAAGGAUAAUAAUGAACAAAAACAAAAGAUGGCAAAAUUAAAGACAAGAGAGCAAGAAGCAAACAAAAACAAUGAACCAAAUGAAUGUCACACAAAACAAGUGAUGAACAAUAUUGUUGAGAAACUUCUAUUUAACAUAAAGAAAGGUUUUCAUCAGAAAAGUAAUUCUGUAAACAAAUGUACAACAGAAUUUGCCCCAGACCCUCCAGCUACUGAAAUAUUGGAAGAUCAAGUAGAAAUUGAUGACUGUUUUCGAACCGCAAGAAAGUAGUUUCUAAAAAGUGCUCUAAAUUACAAGAUGUCGUUCUACAUUCUUCAUGCAAAAUCAGAUCAAUACUCAAUCCUGUAUCAAGCUUGAACUGAACUGCAUAUCCAAAGAUGAACUCUGUUAUGUCUGGUUCAGAUAGUUCACUGGUUUCCCAUUGGAAUAGCUGUAUAUUUCUUCUACACUAUCAUCAUCUGAGGAUGCAUGAUCUAAUGGAAGUCCAGCUUGCAAGUCAGAAUUUUUUUCAUAAGCUUUUGGUAAAGAUAUAACCAGCAUUGUUUCUGUUGUUUAAAUAUUGGUUCUGGGUAUUACACAAUCUUUGAAAAUAUCCCACCUUUUUGCAAGGGUGACAUUCUUGAAAUAGAUCAGGACAUUUUUUUGCAUGGUGUUUUUGUUCUACACCUUGGACAUUGACUCCUCGCAUCAAAAGAUUUGAACAUUCCAUGUUUUGGCUUCUCAUGUGAUUUAGCGUGUUUGUGCCAUAUUAGGUUGGUAGAUUCCAAUGGUCUUCAGAAUAAAUUUUCCUUCUGUUCCCCUGAUUUUUCUGAAUCUCAGCUUCCAUCAUAAUCUGGAUAAAAUUUUCAGUGGAAGAUCUUCCUUUAAUCUGGUUGAUCUGAAAGAGAUCAACCAGAAAAUCUGAUGACAAUUAUUUCUUGAAUUACUUCUAGCUGUAAUACUCCAUAUUUUCACAAGAUGCAGACAUUGCAUAAAGAUAAAGUUGGUAACAGAUGCUUCUAGAAAUUGCAUUUAAUUAUUAAAUCUUGCUUUCUCAACAAUAUGGUUUGAUUGCCAUAUAAAAUAGUUGCCAGAUGCUUUUAAGACAUAAUGUUCUUAAAUUUGUUUCUCUGUUAAUAACAUGUUUCUGUUAAUGACACCAAUGAAUAAAACAGUGCGUUAAUGUGUCCUGCUUAUGAGCAUAGACCUAAAACACUUCUGUAUUUCAGGAAUUGUUUCUUCAGUGCUGACCAAUUUAAUUCUCAAUGAAAACUAUCUGUAACUUUGAAUCUGCCUGGAGAUGUAACACCUUUCUCUAUUUCUUUGAUUAAAUUAAAUUGCUCCAUUUAAAUUCAGAAAACUUUUUAGAAUUAAUUAAAGUUUGUUGUAGGUUCAGCUUUUCUUCAUUAAGUUUGAAUUGUGCUUUCAAUUCAACAGCCAGAAAACUUGUUGCGGAAUAUCCCAGCAUUAACAAUUGCUUUUGAAACUGUAAUUAAAUUUUAUUAUUGCUAAAGGAAGGCCAAUCUUCUUAUAAACUACAAAAUUGCAAUGAGUUGCUAUUUUAAUAAAGAUUUAAAGAUCUUUUCUUCAAAUUUUCUUGGCUUGUUUUUUGCAAUUCUAAAUGGUUGAAGUUUGUUAACCGCUAUACUGUAAAGGUAUUCUUUCAAUAAAGCUUUGUUAAUUUGAAAUUAUUUGAGAUGUUAUAAAUCUUCUCAAAUCUUUUAGUAAUUGAAACUUUUAUUUUCCCAAAACAAAAAUGUAAGAUAGUGGUUUUGAGCUGUUUUGCCCUUCUUGAUGGGUUUUGUGCCUUUUUCGCCAAAAUGAAUGAUUCAUGCCAUUUCUGUUUCUUCCCCAAAAGAGUUACAUUUUUUUAAAAUCUAAAGAAUAGCAUCUCACAAUUUUUCAAAUUUUAUAUAAUUUC